CCCGCGGCAGCCCGGCUCAUUUCUCCCGAGGCGUUCGCUUGGGCGGGAGGCACGGGGCCGGCCCUAAAAAAAACGCGUGGAGGGAGGGAGGGAAGCCCAGCGGAGCAGCGUGGGGUACCCGUGGCGGGGCCCCGCGGUGACCCCCUGGCCUCUCCUUGGUGCCCCGCAGCGGUGCAGCACGAGCGGGGCCCCCGGACGUCGACAAUACGGAAGCAGGUGGCCCUCUACUUCCGCGGGCACAAGGAGGAGAGCGGCGGUGCCCCGCACUUCCCCGCCACUGCCCUGCCAGCACCCGCCUUCUUCACCGCCGUCUCCCAGCUGGAGCCCCACGGCCUGGAGCUGGCCGCCGUCGCCGGCACCCCCGAGAGGCAGGCUCUGGUGGGCCUGGCACAGCCUACCCCAAAGUACCCACAUGAAGUCAACGGUACCCCUAUGUAUCUCUAUGAAGUGGCCACCGAAUCCGUCUGUGAGUCUGCAGCCAGACUUCUGUUCAUGAGCAUCAAGUGGGCCAAGAGUGUCCCAGCCUUCUCCACCUUGUCUUUACAAGACCAGCUGAUGCUUUUGGAAGAUGCUUGGAGAGAACUGUUUGUUCUAGGAAUAGCACAAUGGGCCAUUCCAGUUGAUGCUAACACUCUACUGGCUGUAUCUGGCAUGAAUGGUGACAAUACAGAUUCUCAGAAGCUGAAUAAAAUUAUUUCAGAAAUACAGGCUUUACAGGAGGUUGUGGCUAGAUUUAGACAACUUCGGCUAGAUGCUACCGAAUUUGCCUGUCUCAAAUGCAUUGUCACUUUUAAAGCUGUGCCUACACACAGUGGUUCCGAACUGAGGAGUUUCCGAAAUGCUGCUGCCAUAGCAGCCCUUCAAGAUGAAGCCCAGCUCACUCUGAACAGCUACAUUCACACCAGGUACCCCACACAACCCUGUCGUUUUGGAAAACUUUUAUUGCUUUUACCAGCUUUACGUUCGAUUAGUCCAUCUACAAUAGAAGAAGUGUUUUUCAAAAAGACCAUUGGGAAUGUACCAAUUACAAGACUGCUUUCAGAUAUGUACAAAUCCAGUGACAUAUAAAUUACCUUAAAAUAAACAGUCAGGAUGGACAGUUUGAGAAGAACUUUUAUCUAUGGAGAAUAAACCUCAACUAACAAAAUCUACAGGAAGCAUAAGCCUGGGAAUGUUUAGCCUUUAAACCCAUUGACAAAAAAUACCCCAGUAGAUAUGAUUCUGCUGCUCUGAACAGAGUGAUUUAGAUCAUGGAGAGAAUGAUUUGUUCUACAGAAAAAGUGAAAGUGGUUGGAAUUUGGCUGCUAUUCCUGUUACUACAGGAUGAAGGCAAUUCAGAUGCCAGUCAUAGUUAACAAAGACUCUGCUAUUCUCUCAUUUAACUGGCAGAUCUGAGACAAAAUGUGAAAGAAGGUACUUUAGUUUGUUCAGUAUUUGGAACCGGGUGACCAAACUUGGCUUCUGUUGUAACAUGAGAUGUGGCCUUCAGAACUUUUAAAAGUAGCCUAUGUUGGGAAAAUGUUUUUAAUAUGAUAGGCAACAUUUAAGACCAGGUUACCAAAACAUUGCUUCUGCUAUAAUACAUCAUGAAGUGGCCUUCAGAACUGAUUAAAAAGUAGCUUAUGACAGCAGCUCUCUUCUUCCUGCAAAAUGAACUGCUGAUUCUUGAUGCGGAUGUCACUACAAUUUGUUCGGUUAACAUCUCAAAGACAGAAGAGCUUUAUACACUUCCUCCCCGACCUUCCCUCCUUCUUCUUCCACACACACUCACAUUCACACACACACACCUGAAAAGACGCAAGUCAAGAAAGGAAGACUAAAACAGCAAAACCAAAUACAAUGGAGAUGACCGCUUCAGUGACCUGCUGGCUGUCCCGUUGGCACAGUGCUGAAACCAAAGGCAACGGUGGCCAAACUCUUUGUCAAUGAGAUGUGCAGAGAAGUGAAAUGACUAUAAAAAAAAAAAAAUCAAUGGAAGGAAUUUUAUGUCAAAAAAGAAAGGUUGUUGACUGAUCCAAUGCUAACAAUUUCCAAAAGUCUCCAAUGCCUUUUUAGAAAACUCCAGGUUCUAAUUUUGAAGCCUUGUUCGCCUACACCCUCUCACACACAAAACCGUUAUAAGCUGCUUAUUUGAUGUAUGAAAAAUGUAGAAAAAACAUUUAAAGAUAGCUGCUGUACUUUUCAAAAUUUGAUUUGUUAUUAGGAACUAGCACUGAGAAAAAUCAGCACUUGGACUAUCAUAGAAUGAGUAAAACUUUUCCUGUACAAAGUGGAUUAACUGAUUUGUGAAGUUAAAAAGUUGUACUCAUUGUAUUUACAAAGAAUAAAAAUAUAUUGAAUUUAAAUUACUUUCCACUGUUCUUUUAAUGCUUGCCUUCCUAUUUCUGGAUUAGUUUCUUCCACUGUAGCCUACUUACCAUAAACAAUGGAAAUGUUCUCUACUAAAAUGGAUUGCCUUGGAUACUGUGGGGUCUCCACCAUUAGAGGUUUUAAAAAACAAGUUAGACAAACAUUAAAGGAAUAGCUUAGGUGAUCCUGCCUUUGAGCAAAGGGACUUUGAGGUCCCGUCUAAAACUGUUUUCUGUAAUUCAGAUAUACACCUGCUCCAAGGUUUUCUAGGACAAAUACUAAACAGAUCAGAGGUCCAACUUAGUAGAAGUCUUUUGUUUCAUGUUACUACAAUUUUUAAUAGCAGUGAAUUGUUCAGCUAACAAAGGGUGAUGAGCAUAAAAACUCUGCUUCAAUUAAAAAGAUUCUGAGGUUUUAUUAAUGUGUCCAAUUGUGUAAUCACACUAAAGAAAGAGGUAAGCAACUUCCAAUGCACAGAACAAGUUGCAUAUAGGAGAAGGGAAAUAUACCCUUCAUAUGGCAAUGAGUGACUGAAGAGUCAUGCACGCUAAAACGAGAGGUGGAAAUGUACAGUGUAUAUCAAUGGCUCAUUGGCUUUCAGUGUCAAGGAAUACAGAUCACAAGGGAAAUCCUAGAUCUAUUGAAUCCAAGAACAAAAAUCGUAUGCAUUUCAGAGGUCAGUUUUCACCCCAACUCUCUAUCAUUUGCAGUCUGCUAGGUCUCACAUUCUAGCCUUUCCAAGACAGACAGACCAUAACACAUACAAGACCAGUCUUUUGAUGAGUUGGGUGAGACAAAAGCAUGGACUUCAAAACAUAUUCUAUACAAACUAGCACAGAGCACUUGAGAACGCAUUUACCACAAGGCAUAGUGCAUUCUGAGAAAGAAAAUUUAUGAAGUGUUCUUCCUGCAACUGCAAUAACCUUCAACAAUUUUCCACUCUUUACACUAAAAAGAACCAGAUAGGACAGAAAAAUCAAUUGUGGUUCUCCACUCUGUGACAAUUCAGUUUAUGAGUUAAAGUUGAACCCAGUGCUGUGCAGAACCCAUGACAGAACACUCAUUUCAGUAAGAUUUAUGCUGCUGUCCUGGAGCAGCAACAAACAUGAACUGCAUCCACACUGCAAGUCAGCCGCACUCCACAGUGUGCUGUAGUCCCAGCCCCUAGAUCACCCAGGCUGGAGGGUGCAACAAAGUACUACUGACUUUCUCCCUGUUGUAAAGCAGGCAGGCAAUGGGUGCACACCCACAUCUCAUCCUCUUACCUGCAGGACCUAGCCCACCUGCAGAGCAGACUCACAACCUGGGAACAAUGCUCAGAUCCCUGUGGUGUACACACAGCUAAUCUCAGACCACAUUUUCCUCCCAGUACUGCAGACAAGCAAAAGCAGCUACACGCUACACAAGAAUUAAGGUCUCUAGUUAGUCUUGAAGGACUGAAAGGGAGAUGAAAUUUGAGUGCAGUGCAGAUGUCCUGUUAAGUUCAGAGGUUAACACUCUCAAGUCCUCACUUAAGAAAUAGGAACACUGACAUCAAGCAUGCAGCUUUUCCCUCUUCAGCUUCUUUUUUUUUCCCCCCACAUCAGAUGAUACAGAUUGUGUCAUCAUAUUUUAGGGAUAAGAUGGGACAUUUACUUUGAUUUCCGAAGAAAACUGCUCUCAGAAAAGAAUAGAGAAAAGAAAAAAAACACCUUAUAUACAUCUAAAUCUAAAUAAUAAAACCUCAUAUACAUUUAGCCCUUCUUCCCCCUUUCUAAGAGUAACUCAACUUUUAAGUGUGAUACAACAAGCACAGAGAAUUUUGAUUUUACAUUGUCAAAAACUUAUUGAAAACCUAGACUGUAUUGAAAAGCUAGACAGCUCUGAGCUGCAAGUGAGCUCUGUCAGUUUUGGUCCCUGGUUUCAUGAAUAGGACUGCUGGAGAGAUUCAGCACAGUCUUUAUUAAGUAUGAGGGGAAAAGAGCAAUUAUUUGAGCAUCUAACACUUUGGUGUAGCUAGUCACUAGUACUACAUAUAAUCCAGUCAGCCACCACUGUUUUCUCAGUUCAAUCUUUUACAUCCAGAUUUCCCUAAGUGAGACUAAUGGUCUUAGUUAAACAAAACAAAUAACUUUGUCAGUAAGUUUGUAGGAUGUUCUCAACAGUGAUGUAAAAUGGAAAAAACAGUGGAGUCAACAAGCCAACAUGGACUUACUGUUACCAAAUAGCACAUAACACUGGAUCAGAAUGUUACUAGUGUUCUUGAAUCUGUUUUCAAGAGCAUCUGGUUAGGUAACUCCCAUGUCACAUAUGGCAGCACUAAGAAAGCUUCUCCAGCCAUAGAAGCAUCUAGUGAGAAAGACUACUUCAGCAAGUGUUGCUUAUGAACUGCAAGUCAUGCAUCAGCCACCUGCAUUUUACCAGUGGUCAUACAGGCACAACACUACAGCUUCUCCUUCAACUUGUCUAUGACCUUACAGCCAUCUUAUAUAACUUCACGUCCCUAAUUGUAUUUGUAGAACAGAGCUACUUUUAUCUAGGACUGAAGUUAUAAUACACUAUAGGUUAUGUGAACACACCUUUCUACAUAGGGUGGUAUAAUUUUCACUUUCUAGUUUGAUGCUUCUCAUGCCAAGUAGAAAGGACUCUAUUCCCAAAUUUAUUGAAGCUACAGAUCUGUUGACUGUCUACUGUGAAUGGGGUUCCAGCUUCAGUUUCACAACACAGGAACAACCUUCAAUACCUUUAUACCUUAAACACUUGAGCAGUGAGCGCCAGCAUCUAAGGUAUUUAGUGCUGGCUGUUAGUAACACAGGACUACAUUGCAGAAAAGCAUCAUAGCAAGGCUGAAACACCAGUUCACUUAGUAUAGUCAAGUCCCUGCUUCUCAGAAAGCAUGAGAUACCCCACACUCAAGGUCAAGAGUGACAAAACAUUUGCAUUUUCACUUUUAUUUCAAAACUUUAGACAAGUUACUUUAGUAUAUAAAUUUGAUUUUUUUCCUCUUACAGAAUAUAAAGAUAAUUCCCUCAUUACUUCAGUAUAAAGUGUUUUACAAGCUUGAAGACAAUUGCAUAAGUGUAUCUCACACAGGGUAUCAGAAAUAAAGCAGUCUUUCUACAGAAGUUCAGACAGAUGACUACCUCAGAAACAGCGCAGCAGUUUAGUCAAAUACAAGUGAACACGUGACACUACAACUGUGCAAGUUCAAGUAAGGCCAAGUCAGUAAACAUUUGUUAAGUCAUUGCAAAUAAGAGUGGAAAGGUUUGUGAAACAUUGCAAGGGGUGGAUGGUCUCAUAAUAUAAUACUCUUAAAUCAAGGAUUCGGAGGGAUUUACCUAGAAGACAAGUGAGUUCUUCAAUGCUACAAAGCAUAUGCAAAGACCAAGCAGUGUACUGAUGUUAGUGGAGACUUUGUGCCUGUUUAUCCUCAGCAUGCUAAGACAAACUACAACCUCUUAAAACCAAG